UAUUUGUUUUCAGAAACCAGUUUAAAUAUUAGUAAACAAAUACGACCAGGUUUUAGAAUCAACAUGACCAGAGAACUGACUGCUACCGAAGAAAACAAAGUAAAUUGUCUUAAUGAUACAAUGACAUCGGCAAUAAACAAGGUGAUGGGACAAGAUACACAGUCGUAUGAUGAAUUUAUAAAUGGGUUUCAGCACAUUACUAAAGAAACGGUUAAUCAGCCAAAGAAACUGCCUAGCACCACAAAACCCCUCAGAACAGAUGUUGUGAUGAAACAGCAAUCACAAACCAAAGCAGAGAGAUUACAGCCAAACAAGGAUUCACAACUAAUGUUUGAUGAUGAACUAGAAGAAGAGAUUUUGGACAGUGGAACCAUAGCAACAGAAAUGACCUUUGCAGAUUGUUCAUCUAGAGUCAAGUUGGACAACUUUGUAGAAGAUGAUAUGUCAGAUGAAGAAACUCCAGGAUAUAUAGCAAGCUUUGGACAAGAGUCAAAUGAAGAGAAAGAAAACUUGACACCAGACAUUCCUGAUGUUGCUGCUGGCAAUCGACAGGGAAAAUACAACUCAGACUGUAAGACAAAUAUGGUUACAAAAACAGUUCAUUCCAUUCAUACAUCCGAGAAUAUGAAAAAUGAUGAUAGGUCUGAGGAGCCUGAUUUAAUGUCUGAAAUAGUGAAGGAAGAUGAACAUCUGCUAUCAGACAGCACAGAGAAUGAAAAUACUGAUGAAAGCGCAGACAUAGUAGAAGUAGGAGAUAAGACUAAUCAGAUGUCAUUGUACCCAGGAGAGGCAGAGCUAGAGUCGGAGGUCGCGGGAAGGAACAUAAUUUCACAUACAAAUCUAGAUUUUUUGGUUGUGACAAGUCGAUCACAUGAUCAGAGAGAACAGAUAUGUACAGAUACAACAGAUGAAGUAGAACCAUUUUCAUUGGAUAAUGAUUUUGACUAUGACAAUGUUAUAUUAACUCCAAAGUUCACAAUGGAGGAAAUUGAUCAUUUAAAAUUAUUUCUACCAAGAACUGAUGUCAAGGCAUGAUACUUCAGAUGAAAUACUUAAAAUCAACAUUCCGUCCUUUUUAAUAAAAUGUGAAAAAUGAUACUACAAAUA